AGGGCCAAACAAAUUCAAAUCGACGGAGUCGUUAUUGGGAUCGACAACGCUGUUCUGUUCAGAGCAUUCGGUGGAGAGAGAGAUCCCGACUCGACAAGAAAACGUUAUCAGAUAUUCUGAUUGCUCAGUGAUUUGUGAUUAGUAAAUUAGAGGAAAAAUAAUUGACGAUGGCGUUGAGAAAUCGGGCGGCGUUUGCGAACAUUGGGAACCAAGAGAACACAAAGAACGUUAAAUCUGCGGCAAAUGCAGUCCCUGGACAAACGAGGCGUGCCGCCCUCGGCGAAAUAGGUAACAGAGUUAACACUGUUCGUGGUACGUCGAAUCUGCUGCCCAAGGCACAGAAGAAGCCAGUGGUCAAGCAAGAGCCAUCAAUAAAAAGUGAUAAACCAGUUGAGAAGCCACCAGUACAAGUUGUCAAGGCAGUGCAGAAGAAAGAGAUUGCACAGCCCAUUGAGGUGAAGCAGCUCGAGCAAAAAUUAACACUACACGAUGAACCCAAGAUAAAAAUUGAUGCAUUCUCAGCUGAUCUCUUGCACAUCGAGGACAUUGACGAGGCAGACAAGGGAAAUCCAAUUCUAGUCACAGCCUACAGUAAUGAUAUUUAUAAGUAUUUGAUGGAACUCGAGAGAGAUUUUCCGAUACAGUCGGGAUAUUUGGCUGGGCAGGAGGUCACACCGAAGAUGCGAAGUGUUCUCAUUGAUUGGCUUGUUGAGGUACAUCAGCAGUUUCAUUUACUCCAGGAGACGCUGUACCUCACUGUUGCCGUUAUCGACAGAUUUUUACAAUCAUUCAAGUCAAUCAAUCGACGACGACUCCAGCUCGUGGGGGUAGCUGCAAUGUUCAUAUCGUGCAAAUACGAAGAGAUGUUCGCACCCGACAUCGGUGACUUUGUAUACAUUACUGAUAAUGCCUACACAAAGACUGAAAUACUGCAGAUGGAAUUGUUGAUUGUUAAAACACUGGAUUAUUCCUUUGGACGACCACUUCCCCUGCAUUUCCUGAGACGAUACAGCAAAGCUGGACGUGCCCUUCCAGUGCACCACACGAUGGCCAAGUACUUCUUGGAACAGAGCCUGGUGCACUAUGAGAUGUGCCAUUAUCCACCAAGUCUUAUUGCAGCAGCUGCUAUUUAUCUUGCCUUCUUUGUCAUUGGCAAUGAUGACGAGAGUGGCAAAGUAAUCUGGAGCAAUACUCUGGCGUACCACAGUACGUACAAAAAGGAAGAUCUACUGCCAGUUGUUCGUGCAAUUGCCACGAUAAUAGUCAACGCUGACAAGAGCAAGUAUCAGGCUGUGAGGAAGAAGUACGUGAGUAACAAACACAUGAAGAUCAGUCUACGUCCAGAGCUCAAGUCACCCAGCCUCCAGCUGCUGGCCAACUCCCAGUGAACCUCGAGUGACUUCAAAUAUCUGUAAUAUAGGGGAAGUUUAUGUUUUUUGACUGAAAAAAAGAUAAGACAUUUUAUCUGGGUUAUUGAGGUUGGGUAAAUCUGUUUGUUCAAUGUCGAACGCUAGUCUCCACCCACUGGAGACAAUAAUUCUCGCGAUCGGAGCUAUGAGAGACUGUUUGAUAAACGAAUGAGAUCCUUUUUUAUACGAACGACAUUUGACAAUUUGCUAGUGAAACUUUUCCUGUUCAAUUGGAUGCUAUUUCUCACACGGUAGACAUUGCUUAAGACAUGAGAAUGGAAAAAAUAUUUUGAUUCACUAAACUGUCGGAAGAAAUUUUCGACAGUCAAAUCAUUUUUUUAUUAUUCUAAUUUUAAUGCUUCAGUAAAUCCGAGUAUAGAGCAUCCAUUUUUUUAGUGAUAUAUAUUAUAUUUUAGCCCCUAUUUCAGAAUACAUAUAACACUAUACACUGCCAGAUUGUUUGUUUUUUUUAUAAGACUUAGUGUCAAUACUUGUCUGUUUUCACCUUUGAUACACGAUAUUCAAUGUUGAACUGACGCUACAAUGAACAAUUUUUUUUAUUGAUGACUCGAAACACUUCAAAAGCAAUCAAUUGCAUCUCUAAUAACUUUGCAGCCCAUUUUUUGACACUAAAAUCAGCAACUACUCCGGUGUAUGUUGAUAACUCGGCUAUUGAAUUAAAUUAGACGCAAAUAUUGCAUGAUCAUUUCACAAUAUAUCUCUUAUAUAUAAGCGUUUUAUUGAUUGAAUAAUUAUAGAAAUAAGAAAAUAAUAAAAUUGGCACAGUGUCUGAGAUACCAGCGGAGAAAUGCACUUGUAAAUACAAUCACUUUCGUAAGCUGCACCUUAUGACAUCUUUUAUUGAAAAAAAACUAUACUAUUAAUAUAAGUCCAAACUUUCGGCAGAAACAUAGAAGAAAAAGCUAUUGUAAUAUAUCAAUAACAAAUAGAAGAAGAACAUUGAAAUGAAAGCGCCGGACGAUUAAAAAAAAAUUCUGAAAGUUAAUAUAAAUAAAAAAAACAUCCUAGGCGAUAAAUAAACUAAAAAAUCCAUACUUUACCUGUAAAUAAAAAUUGCGAUUAUGUGCGAUAAAUUUUUGGAUUAAAAAAAAUCAGUAUGUAA